CUGAUUUUGAGGUAUGCAAGAGAGAGAAAGAGUGAAGAGAGAGAAGUGUCGUACUACACAAGUUUCAUACAUCUAGUCUUUUCUUUUUACUGCUUUUGGGUCUCUCUCUCUCUCUCUCUUCUCUUCAAAAUCAAAACAAUCUCUCUGUGAACUUUCCAGAACACAGAGAAACAACAACAACCCAGGUGUGUUGAGAUAAUGCUGAGGAAGAGAAGUAGAUCAAUCCAGAAAGAUCAACACAAGAUGGGUCGUUCCGAUGCUAAUUCUGAUGCUAAUACUGAUCACUAUUCUCAAUCUCAUGCUUUUGGGCGAAAUAUCAAAGGCAACUCAAUUUUCAAUGUUCCUUGUUUGUUUGUGGGUUUGGGUCCUAAAGGGUUGUUGGAUUCUGAUUCAGUUAGAAGUCCAACUUCACCUUUAGAUACGAAAGUUCUUUCGAAUUUAGGUAACCCUGUUAGGAACCAAAGAUCGUCACUUCUUGAGGGGAACCAAAGGAGUUGGGAUUGUUCCAAAGUUGGUCUAAGUAUUGUUGAAUCUUUGGAAGAUUGUAGUAACUGUUCUAGGUUUUGUGGGAAAAUUCUUCAAUCACUUGAUGGCAAGAGUGUUAAUCUAAGUCCUCAAAGGAUGAUCGAAACUCCAAUUUGUCAAACUUGUAUGGAUUCUUUUGAGUCAUCUAAGUCUUUGCCUAAAGAUUUUUGUACCGAAAAUGGAUCUGUUAUCCAAAAGGGUGAAAGUGAAUCCAAUGUUCUUUUUGAGAUUGGAGAAACUAGCUUAGAGCUUGAUGAACCAUUUGGGAGAACUAGGUCUUGUUCAUUGGAUUCAUGCAAACCAUUGAAAGCUGAUUUUGGAUUAGCUAAUUCCAAAAUUGAUUCAGAUAUCGAUGAUUUUGCUAUGAAAGACACAACAUUUCAAGUUAGCUCUUCUCCUCAUUUUAUUGGAGGAAGCCAGAACUCAAAUCCCUUUGCACCGGCAGAGUCGAAAUCAAACACUCUUCCCUUUUCCAAUGAAAUCUUGAAGUCUCUAUCAACUAGUGAUAUUGAGCUUUCUGAGGAUUAUACAUGUGUGAUUUCCCAUGGUCCUAAUCCCAAAACAACUCAUAUUUUUGGCGAUUGCAUCUUGGAAACUCGUCCUGAUUUAUUUAUUAAAAACCAUUUUAAGAAUGAAGAGACUGAGAAGGAGAAAGGAAUGACUCUGAUUGGUUUACAGACUCCAAACCAAUAUCCCUCUGUAGCCUUCCUAAGUUUCUGUGACCAUUGCAACAAGAAACUGGAGGAGGGGAAAGAUAUUUAUAUCUAUAGAGGUGAAAAAGCAUUUUGCAGCUUAACUUGCCGCGAAAUGGAGAUUAUGAUCGAUGAGGAGCUUGAGCAAUCCAACCCUCCUUCCGAAAACUCUCCAAAACUUAAACUUGGUGAGCAAAUUUUUGAAACAGGCAUCCCAACAACUACAUAAGAGGCUUGCUUAUCGAUGAGAAAAGGGUAGACGCAAUUGAUCAUCUGUUUACAACAAUUGAGCUGUUUUAUGUGCAUCGGUUAGCAGCCAUUGGAUGAUCGUUUUGUACAUCAUUGUGUUUGCCUUGACUAUAAUAAUUUAUGGUUUUUGGUGGAUUAUUAUUUUAAUUUAUAGCUCUCAUAUAUGAAGCUAGUUUUGUUUUUCUAUAUAUAGAGAGAUAUAAAAUGUUGUCAAACUAUUGAUAGCUUGUAGAAAUUAAAGGGUUGAAGCCUAUUUUUAUGGCUCUCCCUUUUGAAA